AUGGGAGCAAAAAAGACAGCUGAUGCAAAGUCAGCCAAGGCUGCCAAGCCAGUGGUUGGAAAACCCAAGAAGGAAGGCUCUGGCGGGAAAAAUAAAAAGAAGUGGUCAAAGGGCAAAGUUCGUGACAAGCUCAACAACUUGAUCCUCUUUGACACGGCCACUUACGACAAACUGUACAAGGAGGUGCCCAGCUACAAGCUGAUUACUCCGUCUGUGGUGUCUGAGAGGUUGAUUCACUUGGUGUCCAAACACAACUCCCAGUUGAUCUACACAAGGGCCCAAAGGGAGACAAGGACGAAGCACCAGCAGAAAAAUAGUAAUGUAAACAAACAGAAAAAGCUUAGACAGCAAAACUUUUUCUGA